UGAAGCGCUUUAUAUAAACGAGGUAUUUUGGAGCGACGGAGCUUUUACAACGGCCGAAGAACCACUCACGUGUGUGCAUGUUAGUGAGCUGCACAUUUACCGGCCGAUUAGUGCAUCGUUUCUUGAAAUGACAUCGUGGGUGUGAUUCCUUCACUUGAGAGGGGGAGACAGAGAGCGGAUGACAGCCAACCAUGAGACCUACCUUCUUAUGGCUAACACCCAGAAUGACAUGGAGGAUUGGGUGAAGACGAUCCGCAGGGUCAUCUGGGCUCCAUUUGGUGGAGGGAUCUUUGGUCAGAAGUUGGAGGAAACUGUGCGGUUUGAACGCCGGUUUGGGAACAAGCUGGCUCCUAUGCUGGUAGAGCAAUGUGUGGAUUUCAUUCGGCAGUGGGGCCUUCAGGAGGAGGGCCUAUUCAGGCUGCCAGGACAGGCCAACCUGGUCAAAGAGCUGCAGGAUGCCUUCGACUGUGGAGAAAAACCCUCCUUUGAUUGGUAAGGAAACACAUCAGGGUACUGGCUACUUGGAUUUCCUCAGUGCAUUUUAAUGUGAAGUUGAUAUGUUUAGACUGUUGACUGCACCUCUGGAACCACAUGGGUGCUCCUGUUGGCCUGGAACAAAUGGGCGAACCCCCAGAAGUUUACAAAAACACAAAGGUGGGUGAGUGGGUAUAAGAUUCAGUUGCAUCCAGAGAUUUGAAUGAUGGAUUUCAAUACCUGUUUUGCACUGGAAAUCUAAACAAAGACAUUUAGAAGGAUCCUUUGUGACAAACCAAGGAACCUUUAGGAAAACUCAGCCUGAAUUUAAAUGUGGCUAAACAAGACUAACUAACACAAAGGGGAUUAUUAUUAUU